AUGGGACAGAGGACGUGCAAAAAGCAGAGAGUUAAAAAAAACACAGAGAAAUUAAGAACCCUAAUUUGUAACAUCAGAAUGGUAUAUUCGAAGAAGUUCCGAGGUGUCCGCCAGCGUCAGUGGGGUUCUUGGGUCUCUGAGAUUCGUCAUCCUCUUCUUAAGAGAAGGGUGUGGCUAGGAACAUUCAACUCGGCGGAAGAAGCGGCUACAGCCUACGACCAAGCCGCGGUUCUAAUGAACGGUCAGAAAGCGAAGACCAACUUUCCCGUCAUCAAAUCCAACGGCUCAGAUUCUCGGGAUGUUAGCUCUCCGUCAAGGUCGCCGAAAUCGUUAUCUGAACUCCUGAACGCUAAGCUAAGGAAGAACUGUAAAGACCAGACACCGUAUCUGACGUGUCUCCGCCUCGACAACGUCAGCUCACACAUCGGCGUCUGGCAGAAACGCGCCGGGUCGAAAACGAGUCAGAACUGGGUCAAGCUUGUUGAGCUCGGUGACGGCGCCAACGCACGUGCCGGUGAUAUUGGGAUUAACAAAAUGAAGAAACGAAACGACGACGUUGGGGAAGAAGAUCAGAUGGCAAUGCAGAUGAUCGAGGAGUUGCUCAACUGGACUUGUCCUGCUUCUGCAUCCAUUGAAGGUCUAAAGGAGGAUCACUGAAUUAGAUCGAUAAUCAAGAUAUAAUAAAGAAAAUACUCCUAUAUAUUAGUAAUCAAGUGUAUAAUUAAUUUACGGUAUAUGAUAGAUCGAAAUAAGUAAACACUUUUUUUUUUGUUGAAAUAUAUACAUAUAUAGGGUUGUCUGCAUGUAUUAUGUAUACAUUAUAGAUACAAUCUGUAUUUAAUUUUAACGAGUUGAUAUUUGAUUAUUUUUUCCGUUGAA